GCUCAUCCCCCAGGCAGCACAGAGGAGCUUUGUGCUAACAGCGGUGGGCUGUCCGAGCCCCCUCCCUGCCACGCUCUUUCCUGCAGCCAGCAGCAGUUUCAAUAUGCAGAGGCCGUGUGAAGGGAGCAUGUGAGCGGCGAGCCCGGCUGCGCGGCCCCAGGGGAGGCCGGCACAGAGCCCCCUUGUCCCUAGGCCUUUCGGGAGCUUUGGCGUCGCGGCCGCUGGCGCGCCGAUCGAGGGUGAUGCUGGGUGCCGCCUCGGCUCUGUGACAGCGGGGCCGCCCGGACGGCCCCAUGCACCGCCCUCCCGGGGCUUGGCUUCGCCCCACGGCGCCAAGCUGCCGUGGGGGGCUCCGGGGGGCCUCAGCCUGGGCCCAGCCCUGGGCACAGCGAGGGGAGCGCUCCCUUGGGGCCGGCCACUGUGGCGCUAAUCGGCUUGGGCGCGUGACUCCCGCUCGCUGAUUGCGAGAUUAGAGCAAACUGGAUUGAACAGCCUGCCUGGCAGCUGGCCUUGCCGCCCCGGGCUGGCACAGCCUCGAGGGGCACAGCAUCCUGGUACCCUCGGCCGGGCAGGGAUGCACCGCGGACGUGGCUGUGCCGGGGUGCUGCAGGGCCCCCCCGGGACGGCUCGACGCAGGGCUGGGAGGCACUGACCCCGCCGUUGCGGGGACCCACGGCACCAGGCUGCGGGGACGGGGCAUGCUGCCCGCUUCUCUCUAGCAGAAGGCAGUCGCAGCCCGUACCCAAGCCCAUCCCUCUGCCCCCCACCUCGGGCUCGCCUCCACAGCGGGAGGUGAAGCCCAGCUGGCCUGACAUUCAGAAAGCGAGGGAGGGCAUGCCACCCUGCUCCCGGCUGGGGUAGGGACACCCGCGGCUCCGGGGUGCCCAGCCCUCCCUGCUGGCUGGCACGGUGGGUGUGCGCCCUGCCCUCCCCUCCCCUCCCGGGCCUCCUUCCCAAAGGUGGGUGGGAGCCCUGUGCCUCCCCUCGUGACUGCGAUAAACAUUACAGCAAGGCCGUUAAUGUUUAAUGAGGUUUGCCUCCCAAUUAAUGUGCUUUCCCAGGGGCGCCCGCUCCCAGAGCGAGACACCCGCCGGACGACACGCCGACACGAUGGGUGACGAGCAAGCGCCCGAGCAGGGCCUGGACAGGUUCAGCUACGACUAUGAGACCAUCCGCAACGGGGGGCUGAUCUUCGCCGUUGUGGCUUUUGUCGUCGGGCUCCUCAUCAUCCUCAGCCAGCGGUUCCACUGCGGAGGGAAGAAGAAGAGGAGACAAGGAAACGAGGAAGACCUGUAGCUGCAGAGCUGCCAUGCUGCCAUGGAAGCAGAGCUUCCUCCAAAGCAGCGAAGUCCUUGCCAAGGGCCACCCCUUACCCCGCUCCAGUGGAUCCAUUACCCUGCUCACCCCAGACAAGGCCAGGACGCAAAUUGCCCUCGUGCUUUUCCCUCUGUUAGAUGCAGCAAGAGUUUCUUGGCUAAUAAAGUUCAAGCUGAGAGAGGUUAAA